AUGGCGGCUGCGAAGGCUAUACUAGACGAGGUUCACCCUCCGCUUUCCCAGCCAGAAACCAACCAUAAUGUCUACAUAUUUGGGAGGGUUAGUAACCACAAUAUAGUAGUGGCUUAUCUGUCUGCUAUAGUAUUAUAUAUGAUCUCUACCUUUCGAAGUAUCCGAUUCGGAUUGAUGAUGGGUAUUGGAGAUGGAGUCCCGAGCCAAAGUGUUGAUAUUUGCCUUGGCAAUAUUAUAAUUAGUAAGUUAACUACUAUUUUAAAUAGUAUUAUUUAA